AACACCACCGGUCCCCUUUUUCUUCUUCUUCCCAACCAAAUAACCAAUCCAAUUUUCUCUCGGCUAUCAUCGUUAUUACUACCUCGCUCCUCCCCUCGACGCCGACGAGAGGGAGGGGAGGCUCGCUGCCCACAGAGGAGUACGUCUCGAUCGGUCGAUCGAGCUGAGCUGAGCCGCCGCGCCGCGCGCCAUGGACUACCGCUCCAAGUCGUACGCCGGCGGGCGGACGAACAUGCAGAUAGAGCCCUACCGCGGCGGCGGGGGCGCGGCGGACCUCCGGUCCUACUCGUACAGCGGCGCCAGAGGCGGUGGCGGUGGCGCGGCGGGGUCUUACCAGUACCAGUACGAGUACGGCGGUGGCGGCGGAGGGAGCAAGGUGGGGUACUGGGGGUCCGUGGCGGAGGAGCGGCCGGCUGAGGCGGCGGAGGCGAAGAGGAGCAAGUCGAAGCGGCGGUGGCUGGCGCUGGCGGACCCGGACAUGGAGCGGAAGCGGCGGGUGGCGUCGUACAAGGCCUACUCCGUGGAAGGGAAGGUGAAGGGCUCCUUCCGCAAGAGCUUCAAGUGGAUCAAGGAUCGCUACCUCCACCUCGUCUAUGGCUGGUCCUAGCUACCUACCUUCUUCUCUGCCUCUCUUCUUCUCUUCUCAAUUUCAGACAUCACAUCAGCAACCACAUCCAUCGAUCGCAGGAUCCUCCCCUCCUGCGUCAACUGUAUGCCUACUAGUUUGCAUAUCUCUUCUUCGAUCAUUUCUUCUUCUACUCUUCUCCACUUUUUUGUUUUGGAUUUCUUCUUGUUUUGAUGCUCGAUCAUAUGCUACUGAAGAACUGGAGAUAUAUAUAAACUUUUUCUCCUUUUUUUUGGUUUCUUUGUUGUUCUUGAUGAUGGGUACAGAGGCAAUCAAUCAGGUGCAUGGUGCAGCAACAUGAGCUGUUCCUUCUCCAACGAAUCGUUGGAUGGUUUCAACUCUAGUUAGGACGACUUGUUAAUGAAUCGCUGAAUUUGUUUCAUUUUUUUUUGGUCAAUUAUUGGGUGCUCGACUGAAUAGAAAUCGCGGGAACACGCUGGAUUGCGUGCGCUG